AUGCAAAUCUUGCUCGAAAUCAUUGAGCAUUUACAUAUACCAUUAGAACAUGAGUCAAAUAGCGAAUAUAUUCCAUUGUUUCAAAAUCCACAAGUCUUAAAAAGAAACCAGCCUUACCCAAUAAAAUAUCUUCAGCCGUUAAAAUCACUAUGGAAAGACGCUGGUAUCCAAGCUGCCAAAGAAAAAGGAAAUAUGUUUGCGUUACACGACAAUGCAUCCUACUUUUUCGAUCAACUCGACAAAUUCUGGGAACCAGACUAUAUUCCAUCAGAUCAAGAUAUAAUUCGAUGUAGAGCUAAAACAACCGGCAUUGUAGAGACUAUAUUUCACAUAGGUCCCUUAACCUAUCGAAUGUUUGAUGUGGGUGGACAGAGAAGUGAACGAAAGAAGUGGAUACAUUGCUUUGAAAACGUCACAGCUAUCCUAUUUGUUGUAGCCAUUAGUGGUUACGAUCAAUGUUUGAUUGAAGAUAGAAACUCGAAUCAGAUGCAGGAAGGCUUAAUGCUGUUUGACACCAUAUGUAACUCCCCUUGGUUCAUUAAUACCUCCAUGAUCCUCUUUCUAAACAAGAUUGACAUCUUUAAGCAAAAGAUUCUUGUCUCCCCCGUCUCCAAAUGGUUUCCUGAUUUCAAAGGAGAUGACAGUGAUUUUGAACAGACGAGCAUGUUUUUCAGAAAACGAUUCCAGCGAUUAAACCAAAAUCCCAGCAAACAAGUGUAUGCUCACAACACAGAUGCGACUGAUACCAAAUUACUUCAGCAUGUUAUGGUUUCUGUAUCAGAUAUUAUUCUUAAUGAUAAUAUUAAUACCCUAAUGCUUUAA